CUCACUUGUCAGGAAGCUCGAACCCAGGAGGACUCGUCUGUCACCGCGGACCUAACCCCACUGUUUCACCUCCUCCUGGACACUGGAAGCUUUUCCUCGGGAGUUUUUUAUUCGAAACGACCAUUUCAAGCGACACUUUAAAUCGGCCCCAGACCCGGAACUUCGGUCGAAGCGUCUGAUGCGCCGAGCGAAACGGAAGUAACUUGCCAGCUGUCUGGCUAAUCUUCGCUAGUGUCUGAAUGCCAACUCAGGGGGUAAUGGAGUUGAGCAGGCAACUCUGUGGAAAGAUGAGGAAGUCCAACAAGAAGGCUCAACUCUCCUCUUCUCCGACAACCUCUUGGGGCCUGGAGAUCCACUUUUACACACCAGAGGUGCACCAGCUGGAAUACUUCAAAGGAUGCUUCAGUGUUGAGGAACUCUGUGUGGAUGCUGCCAAGACAUGCUCAAUCUCUCCCUUGUGCCACAACCUAUUUGCCCUGUACAAUGAGACGACGGGAAUAUGGUGCCCUCCCAACUAUGAGUUCAAGGUCACAGAUGAAACCAGUAUCAAGUUGCAUUAUCGCAUGAGGUUUUAUUUCAGAAAUUGGCAUGGCACCACUGAGGGAGAGUCUCCAGUUUGGAGACACUGCAUCAGUAAACUCAAAGGAGAUAAAAAUAGCCCACAGAAACACCCGGAGGGAACGCCCCUGCUCGACGCUGCGUCUCUGGACUACCUGUUCGCCCAGGGCCAGCAUGAUUUCCAGAAAGGAUUCGUUCCACUGAGGACGUCCCAGUCAGAGGAAGACCAACAUGAGAUAGAAAAUGAGUGCUUGGGCAUGGCUGUGCUUGCCAUCACUCACCAUUCUAUGAAUCCACCCAUUGCUUCCAAUGAAGUCAGCAGCUACAAACGUUUCAUCCCGGAGACCCUGAACCGCAACAUCAAGCAGCGCAACAUUCUGACGCGCAUCCGCAUCAGCAACGUCUUCAAGAAAUUCCUCUGUGAAUUCAACCGCCGCACGGUCAAGGACAGCAACAUCACUGCGUACGACCUGAAGAUCAAGUACUUGGCCACGCUGGAGGGCCUGACUAGCGGCCUUGGCAGCGAGCUGUUAGAGCCCAUCACGCUCAGUGUGACACGGGAAGGAGAUCUCAUCAGUGGAGUGUACUACAACCAGAACCAGGGGCAGAGCCAGACUCGGAAUGUGGAGACAAGCCGUGACAUGCAAGUUUUGGUUACUGGUACCACUGGCAUUUCCUGGAGAAACAAGCCUGCUCCAACGUCUGUGAUCUCCAAAGAAAAGGGUAAGUCAAAGAAGAACAAGCUGGAUGGAAAACAGAAAAGCAAAACAAAGAAAGAUGCAACUGAUGGCUGGCUGGUGUUCUGUGACUUCCACGAGAUCACGCACACCGCCAUCGAAGAGUCAACAGUCACCAUCAAUCGACAGGACAACAAGAGGAUGGAAAUGCAAAUGGCUUCUCGGGCUGAGGCCCUAUCCUUUGCGGCCCUUGUAGACGGUUACUUCAGGCUGACAGUCGAUGCCCACCACCACCUGUGCAAGGAGGUGGCGCCGGCCUCAGUGGUGCACAACACCGACAAUGGCUGCCAUGGACCCAUCAGUACGGAUUAUGCCAUCCACAAACUGCGUCAAGAGGGCAACGACGAGGGCACCUACAUCCUGCGCUGGAGCUGCACUGACUACAAGUACAUCAUCAUCACUGUGGUCUGCACUGAGAUUGACCUGAAGGACACUCGUCCCGUGCACAAGUACAAGAACUUCCAGAUUGAGGUGACACCUGAUGGGUACUGUCUGUACGGCACCGAUACAUUGCGGUCCACUCUCAGGGAGCUGCUGGAGCACCUGGAGGGCCAGAGUCUUCGCACCGACAACCUCCAGUUCCAGCUGCUCCGCUGCUGCCCCCCACAGCCUAGAGAGAUUUCGAACUUGCUGGUGGUCACUAAAGACAGAGCCCCGUCCACGCAGACAUCCACGCAGGAGAGUCAGUUCAGCUUCAUUCGCAUUCUGAAGGAGGAGAUUGAACAGGAGGAGCACCUCGGCCGUGGCACAAAGACCAGCAUCUACUCGGGCACACUGCGGGUGAAGAGUGAGGAGGAUGAGGAUGCAGGCUACUCAUCCUUCCAGGAGUUCAAGGUUGUCCUGAAGGAGCUGGGUUCUGGACACAGGGACAUCUCCUUCGCCUUCUUUGAAACAGCCAGCAUGAUGCGACAAGUGUCCCAUAAACACAUAGUGCUACUGUAUGGAGUGUGUGUUCGCCAACUGGAAAAUAUCAUGGUGGAGGAGUUUGUCCAACACGGACCACUGGACCUGUUUAUGAGGAGACAGCAAAUUCAACUCAACACUCCAUGGAAGUUCCAGGUGGCCAAGCAGCUGGCCUCUGCUCUCAGCUACUUGGAGGACAAAAAGCUGGUCCAUGGUUUUGUGUGUGCCAAGAACAUCCUGUUGGCCAGAGAUGGACUGGAUGAUGAUGAGGGAGGUCCCUUUAUCAAGCUCAGUGACCCAGGAAUACCAAUCACAGUGCUCACCAGAGAGGAGUGUGUGCAUCGUAUCCCCUGGAUCGCUCCGGAGUGUGUGAAGAACUCGUCUGCCCUGAGUAUCGCAGCUGACAAGUGGGGCUUUGGUACCACACUGUGGGAGAUCUGCUAUGAUGGAGAAGUUCCCCUCAAAGAGAAGAAACUCACAGAGAAGGAGAGGUUUUAUGAAACCAAGUACCAGCUGCCCACCCCAGACUGCAGUGAGCUGGCUGAUCUGAUGACGCGUUGCAUGAACUACGACCCCAAGAAGAGACCUUUCUUCAGGGCUAUUGUCAGAGACAUCGACAUGCUGGAAAAAGAAAACCCAUCGAUAAAACCCCAACCUGUACCCGAUGUGGACCCAACGGUGUUUGAAAAGAGAUUCCUGAAGAAGAUCCGAGAGCUGGGAGAGGGCCACUUUGGUAAAGUGGAGCUGUGUCGCUAUGAUCCACGGGGAGAUAAAACUGGCGAGCUGGUGGCGGUGAAGUCCCUGAAGCCCGAGAACCGGGACGAGCAGUGCAACAACCUCUCGAGCGAGAUCAACAUCCUGAAGGAUCUCUACCAUGAAAACAUCGUCAAAUACAAGGGCAUUUGCCAAGAGGAAGGGGGUCAGGCCAUUAAGCUCAUCAUGGAGUAUCUUCCACUGGGCAGCUUGAAGGAGUAUCUGCCCAGGAACAAAAGCAAGACCAGCCUCAGCACCCUGCUCAGCUACUCCAUCCAGAUAUGCGAGGGAAUGGAAUAUUUGGGAUCUCAGAAUUACAUCCACCGAGACCUGGCUGCCCGAAAUGUGCUGGUGGAGAACGAGAGGACGGUGAAGAUCGGAGACUUCGGCCUCACCAAGAGCAUCAAGGACAAUGAGGGAUAUUACACCGUCAAGGACGACCACGACAGCCCAGUUUUCUGGUAUGCUCCGGAGUGUCUGACUCAGUGCAAGUUCUACCUCGCUUCAGAUGUGUGGUCCUUCGGGGUGACGAUGUAUGAGCUCAUCACUUAUUGUGACUCCACCAAGAGCCCGAUGACGCUCUUCUUAGGUAUGAUUGGUCGAAGCCACGGACAGAUGACCAUCAUCCGACUGGUGAAGGUGUUGCAAGAAGGCCGGAGGUUACCGCGCCCUGAGACCUGUCCUGAGCCGGUGUACGAGCUGAUGCGCAGGUGCUGGGAGCAGUCGCCCGACCGGAGGAUCUCCUUCAAGUGCCUGAUCACGGAGCUGAGCACCAUGCUGAAGCAGCUCCAACCGCAGAACAACUUUUGAAUCUCACCACCUGUUUGAGGUCCCGGGAGUCACUGGGACUUUUGCAUGCAGACUCGGGAACAGAUGCAAGCGACGAAACUGGCCUCAGAUCAGCAUCUGCUUGUGCAAUUUCGUUUUACAGAGAGACGGAGUCAGUGCUUCACGCAAAGUCGCGCUUCUUCACAUAUAACUAUCAUUUUAGUCAGCCAUAUAUAUUUUUGAACAUUUUUAUUGGAUAGUCACUUAUUCUUGUGUUUUCAUUUGAUUAUAGAGGAUGAAACAAGUAAAUACUUGUAGCUAUGUGACCUUAUAGCUUCCAAAAAAGACUUCCAAGUAUAUCUAACACAUGUAAUUGUGAGAAACUCACAUGGACCUGUCACUUAUAUAUUCUAGUGGCUCUGGCGGGGUUGUCAUUGUUUGGACCUGAGGCCUGAGCUCACUCUCACUGGUGGAGGAUGGAAAGAAGGAACCAGAGCAGAGAGAGGAGCAGUUUUAAUGCUCACGGUGAAAGUUGUGCGACUGUAGAUGGAAGACUGAGCGGAUCGCUGAUAAAUCGUGUUGAGAAAAAGUGCUUGAAUGGACAAGACCCAGGAAACUGAAGAUGUGGUUUUUUCAGCGUUUUUUGCCACCGCUGCUUGUUUCGUGGACGCAUUUGCUCCGGGAAAAAGAAAAUCACCUGAAGAUUUCGAUGUCUAGAGCCAUGAAAGGAUCUGUGAUGAAUGUUUAGAUUUUCUGUCACCGACAGCUGCUGUCAAACCAGCCAUCGGUCACCAGUGUCCCUGUCACUUGUCAUUAUGAAAUGGUUUCAUUCGUUGGUUCUAGAUUCUCAAUCUCCUGCUUUAUAACUUGUGUAUCUUCGGGUUCCGGACUCUGGAUUUGACACCAUAACCAAUUUGAAGAGAGUAGCUUGAGUUAUAGAACAGUUUUAAAGCGUUUUUCGGAUGUUUAAUCGUCAAUAUUGAGAAAAUACUCCCACGAAUAAUCUUCAUUUUCUGCCUACGUUUUCUUUAUUUGUAAUGACCGCUGCCUUACUUGUGAAGAUACCAAGAACACUGUCUUUGUAGCGAAGCAGUUUUCAGUUGCAUUUUGUACCUGUUCAGAAAAUCUAAUUUCUUUUUUUAUUUUACAGAUUAUUCCUAAUCUUGAUAUUUAAUCAUGCUUUUUUUUAAAAUAGCACUAUAAAUAGAAGUCCGAUCUUCAGAUGUAGGAGGAUGAAUGAUUUGUAUUUUGAAUGUCUUUGAUCAGGUGGAACCUUAAAAAAAAAAAAAACAAUUAUGCAUAUGGAUAAUCGUAUAUAUAAUUUUCAAACAUACAGCACUUGUGUCGUUCAGGAGUGACAGGUUGAGACACGUAUCCCCCACUAGAGGGCAGCAUAACUUCAUGUUUCUUGUCCUCUACCACUCAUUUAAUUAUUUGUGUGUGUGUGUGUGUGUGUGUGUGUGUGUGUGUAUAUGUGUGUACUGCAAGAACCAGAUCCAAUUGUCAUUGUUGCAGGACUUCAGUUUGUCCAGUGUAUAAAGUGAGAGAUUAACCAGUGAUGAUUAUUCACGUGGCAUUUUAUUUUCCAGACAAUUUUUAUUUCUUUCAUGGUAUAUUUGUUCAUUUUUAUUCGUAAAAAAUGUUUGUUUCUAAUUCUCUGAUAUGCCAGGAAAUGUAUAAAAGUGUAUUUUAUCUAUGUACGUGUGAUAAGGUUUGAGCAGAGGGUUUAUGGAUCUGUUUUAAAUUCAUCAGUGUGUAGCUCUGUAAUGUCGCUCGCUCACAUAUCACAAAAUACAGAACUGGUCACUUCA